AUGAGAAUUGUGGCUUUGCUGCUUCAAAUUGGAAGAGAAGCAAUUCCUCCAGAUAUUGUCCCCAGAAUUUUGUCAUCUCGUGAUCGCAAGGAACUUGCCACGUAUGCCUUGUCUGCCCCACCUCAUGGUCUCAGUCUUGUGGCUGUCAAGUAUAACGAAGAACACCUGCGGCUUCCGACUAAUUGCCCAGCAACUAGUUUUGGGAGGCAUCAUAGCAUCACCAAAUGGUUGUUAAUCAAUCUAAAUUACUCAAGUUNGGAAAGUAUUCAUGCCGCCCUAAAUGGUCUUCUUCCUUCUGAUAUUCGAGUUCGACAAAUCAGCCCAGCAGUUCCUGAAUUUCAUGCUCGUUUUUCGGUGAAAGGCAAGAUUUAUCACUACAAGAUAUACAAUGACAGCACCAUGGACCCAUUUCAGCGUCAUUUUGCUUACCAUAGUAUUUAUAAACUCAACGCUGCUCUAAUGAGGGAAGCUGCAAAGCAUUUUGUAGGGAAGCAUGACUUCUCUGCAUUCGCUAAUACUUCACGCAAUGACCGUACACCAAAUCCAGUGAAGAAUAUUUUCCAUUUUGAUGUGAAUGAGAUGGGGCCUCUAUUGCAGCUUGAAGUUGAAGGGUCUGGUUUUCUAUACAGACAAGUUCGGAACAUGGUGGCUUUGCUGCUUCAAAUUGGAAGAGAAGCAAUUCCUCCAGAUAUUGUCCCCAGAAUUUUGUCAUCUCGUGAUCGCAAGGAACUUGCCACGUAUGCCUUGUCUGCCCCACCUCAUGGUCUCAGUCUUGUGGCUGUCAAGUAUAACGAAGAACACCUGCGGCUUCCGACUAAUUGCCCAGCAACUAGUUUUGGGAGGCAUCAUAGCAUCACCAAAUGUAAGGUGCCAUGUUUAUGA